UUGCAUCCUGCGUUACUGGUCAGUGGUCAGUCGCAGUUCUAACCUCAAAUUUUCAUUUACGUUUGCUGUUUGCAUCGUUUUAGUGACAAUUCAUUAACAGUCAGGAGGUUGACUUUUAUCAUUUUCUUUAUCUAUGAAAAAAGCUGCAUUAAUUGAAAAGUAUUUUCAUAUUAGGAGUGUUAAGUGGACUGCGUGUACAAUUAAUUGGACUGAAAAGGUUUUGUGCUUUUUCCACAGUCCAUAAUAAUAUGGCUUUGAAUCGUGCAGAAGCAGUUGAAAAUCUAAGUCAAACUGACCAUAGUGAAGAAAUACGAACUUGCUGGAUCUGCUUUGGUACAGAUGAAGACAAUCCAACUCUGCCCUGGGUCCAGCCCUGUAGUUGUAGAGGCUCUGGGAAAUGGGUCCAUCAGACCUGCUUACUUCUUUGGGUCGAUGAGAAAAAGAAGGAAAACAGGUCUGCAAAAAUUACUUGUCCUCAAUGCAAAGUGGAAUACAUCAUAAUAUUCCCUAAGUGUGAUCCUCUGAUGUCGUUUGUCCAAGUAAUCGAUGAUUUGGUGUACAAAGUAUGUCCUGUGGUGGCGGCAGGAGUCACAGUAGGUAUCAUAUUCUGGGCAGCUUCCAGCUACGGAGCUUUUACCGUCAUGCAGAUAUUUGGAGAAGAGGAAGGCCUGAGCAUGUUAGAUCGUGCUGACCCAUUUGUACUACUCCUGUUCCUUCCCACCAUCCCCACGGCACUCAUCUCCAUGAAGCUGGUGCGCUGGGAGGAUUAUGUACUUUCCGUACUGAGAAGAGGCUCCAAGUAUCCGAUCUUGAGGCACAUCCUACCUUCAUCUGCGUACAAUGAGGUGAUGGGACAGCGGAUCGACAUUCUGCCUCAGCCCAGUGAUGUCUCGUCGACCAGGAUAUUUGUUGGAGGUCUUUUCUUACCGACCAUUGCCAAGAUAUUUGGUGAUGUCUUUUUUCACACUGAGCAGUCAUGCCUGAAGAAAUUCCUUCUUGGUGGAUUGUCGUUUAUCGCCAUCAAAGGAGCCCUGAAGAUGUACUACAAGCAAAAGACAUACAUUCAGCACAGUCAGCGACGGGUGCUGAACCAUCACGAGCACACUGGCGUGGGCACUGUGGCUCAGGCGCACAAACCCAACCCCACCUCUGGUCUCCAGUACGCCGCUUCAUCCUCCGCCCCCAUACACGUGGUGCACCCACUGCAAAACCACGGUGCCCACCUGAAUCUCCCGCAAGUGUCACCAGUACACAGACCAGACAGUUCUUGUUGAAUAUGGGUUUUCAUUAUCCUGAAGUCGAAUAUGCAACUGACGAGGUCAGUUCGACUACACAAUGGUUUGAAGACUUGCUUUAAAAUUUUGUAUCUAUGUAAAUAAUUUGUAUUUUAAAUAAAAUAUUAUAUAUUGUU